AUGGAGAAAGAGGACGAUGACCAAGAUCCAGGGGAGCCCCAAGCAGAGCCGACGGAGGAGGAUGGGGCAGAAGAGAAGCCUGGCGAGGAGAAGGCAACAAAGAGAAGCCGUUGGGCUUUCUUCCAGCGUGAGCGAGAGUCGCGGCAAGAGCUUCAAGUGGAGGCCAAGACGCAGACGGACCCCAUGAAGCGGAUCCUGCACUGGGAGUUUUCAGUGGCAGUGUCUUCUGUUCAGUAUGUUGGCUCGGAGUCUGACAUCCGCUGCUUCUUGUCCGUGUCCAUGCAACCAUGCAAACCAUUGGGUAGACCAGUGAAGCUCUUGACCCAGUACUCAGCAUGCUACAAGCUGGAGAAAGGAGGGAAGUUGGUUUUGGACCAGCCCCGGAUCUUCUACCAGCGCAAGGCCUUCAAAGCGACACCAAAUGAGCUCAGCAAGUUAGAGCUGAAGGUGGGGAUGUGGAAAGUGUCGACUUGGACCUUCAACUCCUUCUACGGCGUGGGCUCGAAGACCUUAGAGCAGAUCAUGAGCCGAGAGUCGCAAACUUCCAUCCGCGUCCGUGAAGCUCUGACUUUGGCGGACCGUGAGGAGAAGAGGAAGCAUCGACGGCCCAUCUCGGAUGUCGGAGUUGUCUAUGGAGAAGUUGUGCUGGAGGAGCUUUUUGAUGUAAGGCUCUUCUUUGAAAACUGGAAGUUCUUUCCGAAGGCAGGUGCCAAGAUUGGUGGAAAGAAAGAAGAGAAGCAGCUGAAGUUCAUCGUGCCGAAGAACUUUCGUGCAAACCCAGCAAAGAACAAAAAUUGCCAAACAGCUUCAACAAAUUGGCGCCCAGAAGGAUCAGCACUUGAACCCUUCACGUGGAAGCAAGCAGACGUGGCCACGCUCAGAGCAACCAGGAGAAGCCUGCAGCAGCUGUACUUCCUUGCAAAGCUGUACAGCUCGAAGAAGACUGUCGGUGACAAGCAUCCGAUUUCAAAGUUUAUCGCCAGCGCUGUUUUCAACUUCCAGUCCGUUCUGGACGUUCCUUUUUUCAAAGGAAAGCUGAAGCGCCUGACGCAUCAAGUUGAGGACUUCGACGUGGGACGGGUCGAAGGUAGUGUGACAUGCAUCUUCUGCCCAGUCGGGCAGUCCAGACCAUCUCAGUUGGAGAUGUAUCAGCCUCGAACAUCCAGCUCGGUGGGUCAUCUGAACAGUCAGGAGGUGCAUCUCGUGGUACGCAUUCAGAAGUGCGAGGGCCUGGCGGUGGCCGACGACGAGAAGGGCUCCUCCAGCCCCUUCAUCCGGGUCAGUUGGGACAACAUGAUGCAGACGUCUCCGGUCUUGAAAGACACCAUCCGACCAGCCUUCAAUCACACAUUCUACUUCCCCGUCCGGUUCUUCAACGAGCGAGUCACUUCUCGAAGGUACUUGGAGACUGCAUUCCGUCACGAGAUGAAAGCGAAGGGGGACAUUCAGAUCCAGGCUUGGCACUUCGACGAGGCUUCCUCUACAUCGCUGGGAGUGGCAAACAUCUCCCUCCUCUCUGUCCUGAGCAGUAAUCAUGUGGUUCUGUGCACAUUGCGCGGACGUGUGCAAGUUGAAAAGAAUCUCGAAGACGAGCUCGAAGUCCAGGAGGACAAAGAUGUUCAGUGGUACGAUAAGGAGCGCCAAGUACGCUGGUAUGAUGGUUUUCGCACUCCGCUGGUCGGAUGUCAGAUCGUGAACCACAAUGAGGCAUUGGUACAUUGCGAAGCAUUUUUUUAUCCUGGGCUUCCGACGGAUUUUAAGGGAUUGGCCGAGCAUGUGGAUGAUGCUUCAGUCGAGGACACAUUCUGGAAGGGCAAAAGGUCUGAAUUUCAAAAGAAGAACGAAGCUUUUGCUGAGAACUAUGCAGGGCCGUUUCCAGAUUCAAUUGGCGCCAUGUCAUGUUCUGCGGAAGUCUCCCGUGUGGCCCAGGUAAGAACAUUUCCCUGCUUGGGCCUCCACCAGAUGACCCUGGAACCCAUGCCUUUGAUGUCCUUCAUUUCUGAUGUUAUCGUCAGCCAGGAGUACACCAAGCCUGCCAAGCUUCUGCACUGGAUACACUGCAUUACAUACAGGAUGAACGCAAAGCAGGAGCGGAGCGGACUCAUCAACGAGGACAUGUGGCGAGAUUCGCAGUUCUUGCUGUUUAGCCGGGCAGGUUCUCCGCAAGACCACGCCGUUCUGCUUUGCUCCGUUCUAAGAGGCAUGUCCAGGGAUGCUUUCGUCGUGAAAGGCAUGGUGCGACUGCCGUCGAAUUCUGGGAAGUCCCGACUCGUGGAGCACACCUGGGUGAUGACGCGUGAGGAUAAUGGUUGGGUGACGUUUUGGGAGCCAUCCACCAGAGAGCUCUAUCACCUGCCACACCGGUGGGUGAAGCGGAAGAAUGCCCAGGCGAUCGCGAAGAGUGCUGAGAGCUUAGACAUUGUCCAGAAGGAUGAUGAGGACGACAAGGAUUUUCUAGUGGCACAGGAUCGUGCCACCGAUGAGGUGGAGGACGUCAUGAUCGAAGCCGGGGACAUACAGGAUGUCCCUAGGGUGGGCCGAGCCCCUCGGGCAAAGCAGCGUGCGGGAGCCCUUAAGGGCCGGGAUAUGGUGCGGCAUGACAUGUUGGAAACACAACGCCGCUUGCCCAUCGCACCCAAGCCUCAGCUGCUAACGGAAGGCGGCGAACGUGCGACGCUGGUGGAUUGGUUGCCCUAUGACUCGAUCGACGUUGUUUUCAAUGCAGACCAGCUCUGGGCCAAUCAUCAGCAUCACCAUCCGGCUUGUAUCACAUACAACUUCGAGGACGCCACACCUGUAAACUCACAGGAGAACACGGAAGGAACUUGGGCAGCUUUGCUGUCAGAGGAGGAGCGCGCAAAAAUCACUAUCAACCCCAUCACCGCCAACGUGCUGAUGGAGGCUCCCAUGAAGCCGGCCCUGGUAAGGAAGAUCCAGGAACAGCUAGUGACGGACUCGCAGGAGAAUCUGCGCCUCCUGCGGGGAAGGAAUGGCAAAGAAACCAGCUUCGACCAGCGCACUGCUUUGCUCGAUCAGUUGGACCAUUUCAUCGAAAUCCAUGAGACGCUCAUGGGCUUGGACGUUGACUUUUGCCCUCUUUGGGCCAAGGAUCGCAGCGAGUGGAAGGAGGAAGAGACCUAUCUCGCCCGUCUGCUUGAACCACGCGCGCAGGAAGCUUGGAACAAGCAUGGUACACCCUUUCGCCAGCCUGAUGAGAGCGGCAAGUACCGCUACUACUCGUCAAUCAAGGCAAGCGAGGAAAGCGGGUGGCGUGAUCUGCUGGCGAAGAUUGCUGGCUUUGUACGAAGUAAAUCCUUCUUCCCCACCAUGAAGGGCAAGGUGUUCAACGGCUUCCCGCUUCAUUUCGCCAGUGCAGACAAGGAACUGGUCCGAGACUAUGUCAUGGAGUGCUCCGAGUACCAGGACCUAAUCCAACUUGGUGACCAUGCCAUCUUCACCGUGUACUGCCGCAUAUUUCCCAUGGCGGGAGGCUGUGCUUGGAAGUCCGCGUCUGCCACGUCUGCGAUUUUCGUUUGA